UUCAUGUUGAGGUGGAAACAACAUCCCUUCAAGCCUCCUGAUCAGAUGUACGUCUACAUCAAUGCAUUUGAUGGCGGCAAAAGACUGAAACUCAGCGAGGUUGCUAAGGAGAUUGGGGUGGAUCCUAACUUGAUCACAGUAGACACCAUGGUCUAUGCCACGCCUUGUCACGUGAUUGAACGAGAGGUUCGUAACUUAGUGCACAUAGGCCACGAGCUAGGGAAGUCAGGGGACUAUACUCUGCUGAGAACUGCACUAGAGUUGUCUGUCCUAAUGAAGGGACAUAAUAUUGAGGCCCGUCUGAAUCUGGUGAGGAUCAACCUCCAUCUAGGAGUCAACUUAGAGGAGGCUCAACAAAUCUUGCAAUAUGUGGCGGGUACAGACACAUCACGGAUUGGCCUUGUGGCCCAUAUGCAUAAUGCUAUAACAGAGGAGGCCAGUGUUCGUAAUGAACGAAACAAAAACCACAAGAUAAAAGUCAUAAGGAGGAAGAAAUUUAAGACUGUUAAGUUUGCUGUUGGACUGGUAAUGAGACAUAAAAGGUACAACUAUGACUGUGUGAUAUCCGGCUGGGAUUACAAGUGUGAGGCAAGUCGCGAGUGGAUUCAGCAGAUGGGGGUCAAUCAACUUUCCAGGCAGGAUGACCAGCCUUUCUAUAAUGUCCUGGUUGAAGACGGCUCAAAACGCUAUGCAGCUGAGGAAAACCUAGAGGUACAUCAGAGCCCACAUAUCAUCAGCCACAGUGAAGUAGGCAGGUAUUUCAGCACGUUUGAUGGCUAUCGCUACAUCAUGAACUGUGAGAAAGCUGAAGAAUACCCUUAUGAUGAGGACUUCUGCAUGGAACUGGUCCACCGCCAGUAUCACACGUAGCAUUGCCUGCCUUCAAGACAUGGAACUGGUCCACCGCCAGUAUCACACAUGGCAUGGAACUGGUCCACCGCCAGUAUCACACGUAGCAUGGAACUGGUCCACCGCCAGUAUCACACGUAGCAUUGCCUGCCUUCAAGAAUGUGAUGUAGUGAAUAUGUUGGCUGACAUAACAAACAGGAGAUCAUUUUUAGCUCGGCUGUUUUCGGAGAAAACCCGGGGUAUUGUCAUAGCCAGCUCGUUGUUUGCCGUCUGCUGUAAUAAAACCUUAACAUUGGCUCUAAAAUCAAAGUGCUUCCACCUACAACUUUGAAACUUCAUAUGUAGAUGCACCUUGAGGAGUUCUACACGCCACACCCAUUUUUGGGUCACUAGGUCAAAGGUCAAGGUCACUGUGACCUCUUAAAAAAAAAAUCUGACAAUUUUUUAUUUAUUCAAAACUGCAUCCACAGCCGAGCGUUGGCAUCCGUUAUGCGGUGCUCUUGUUUUAAUACUGACUGACGGAGCUUUCUAUAGAUCUCCUUGAAAUACAACAAGUAAUGGUUUAACCCAAGAAAUAAACUCAAAAGCAUCUCAAUCACUGACUCUUAGGCUUUUUAAGAAUAUGAAAUGGGUUUUUACUAAUCAAAACAAGUGUUUUUUCAGCCUUUUUUUGACUGUGCCAGUAUUUUAUUAGCUGACCUGAGCACAACUUGCUCAUGGUGAGCCUUUGUGAUCAUAUUUUGUUGGUUGUCCUUUGUCUGUUCGGUCUCAACAUUUGCCUUGUUAACACUCUAUGGAUCACAAUUUAUUGUCCAAUUUCCAUGAAACUUAAUUGAAAAGUUUGUACCAAUGAUGUGUUUGCAGAAUUUUGAAUUGGUCAUUGUGGUAAAAAACUUGGUCAUUGAGUUACAUGAAAGAAUAAACGUUUUUUUUUUACACUAUAGAAAGCACAUUUUAUGUCCAAUAGGAUUUAACUUUACUAAAAAUUGUUUCCUGUAAUACUAUUCUUUUUAAUUGUGCCUCUAUUAUAUUAAGCCCCCAUUCAAAGAAGAGGUGGUAUAUUGUUUUGAUGGAUGAUAGACCAGAUUGUUUCUGAUCAAUAACUUGUGAACAGAUUGACCAAUUGGCUUGAUACUUCCCAUGUGCAUUGACGUUGGACAGUUUAUGGCUCCUAUUAAAAUUGGGGUCACUAGAUUAAAGGUCACUAUAAAACUAAGUGUGAUUUUUUUUUAUCAAGAACUCGAAAACUGAUUCACCGAUUGUCUUGAUAUUUAUCAUGUGCAUUAGCCUUUAAAAGUAGAUGAAAUUGGGGUCACUAUGUCAUGGUCACUGUCACAAAAAGUGUGAAAAUCUUUUCUGAUCUAUAACUCAUCAAAGAAAUGACCGAUUGGCUUGAUACUUCACAUGUGAAUUGGCCUUGGACAGUACAUGACUCCUAUUGAAACGGGGUCACUAGUUCAAAGGUCAAGGUAACUUUGACAUUCAGUGUUAAAUUGGUUUCCAUUCAAUAUGUCUUGUUAAAGAGUAGGGUAAUCAGGGACAACAUUUUCCACUUUAUAUUUUUAGUUUCAAGAAAGUCUCUUCUCAGAAAAGAUCGAGUUGUAGGUAGCGCACCCCUAAUGACUUCCCGCGAUUUAUUUUACGAUCAUUGCAGAUCUUCAAUGAUCGGUUAUUUCCUAGAGAUGCAUUUUUUUUUUCAAACUUCGAAUUUUGAUAUAUGUUUAUGUAAUUUCUUUAGAAUACAUUAUUUUCACAAUAAAUAUUUACUUUGAUCCUAAUAUCAUCUGAAAAAUAUGAUUUCGCGAUUUCUUCAAAGAUCAAAGAGCCUUUUUAUCUGUUUACUUAUCGAUAUCUAAUUUAAGCUUGCACUAAUGUGAAGUUGUCGUGGCCGAGUGGUUAAGGCGAUUGACUAGAAAUCUUUUGGGAUCUUCCCGCGCAGGUUCUAAUCCUGCCGACAUCGCAUACUUUUUGCAACGCGUUUUAUUUCUUUUCUAUGGUAAUUUGAUUUAAUGUAGCAUAUGAGCUAUGUUUAUUGUUAAAUAUGUUGAAAUUUUUAUGCACAUCCUUCAAUUUUUAAAAUUAAAACAAUGUUAUGGCUAAAUUGGGUGAUUUACUGCUGAAAAUAGGAAUGAUGCAUGUGGCAUUUUUAUUUCAAAAAGUAAACGGUAAAUCUGCCAAUUUCUUGCUAUUUUUGCUGUAUAUAGUGUUUCUAUAAAAACUAAGUUUAAAAUAUAACUUAAAUGAUACUAUUUUCAAUUUUUUGACACUUUGUGUUUAACCGACCCAAUUUUUACUUGGCUGAAAGCACUUACAUUUCAUGGCGCUCUUCCAUAGAUAAAAAAUUGUAAAAUAUAAAUGUCUGUAAAAGAAUACUAUUUUCAUCUUGUUCAAACUUUAAAAACCUUUACUGAAUCUGUACACACCAACUGCAUGCCCAUAUUUGGAAAUUUGAAUGAAUUAUGGAACUUUUAUAUACCCCAGGGGUGAAAAUAAACUGGACAAAAGCCGAGCGACGGGGUGGUUUUGAAAAAAAUCGGUAUAUUUUUUUUUAAAGCAUGGAAAGCCUACCUAAAAAUGUGCAUGUAGUUCAGUGAAAUGAUGCUGAUUAAGAAAAUAAUUAAUUUAUAUAUUUGGCUAUGUGCCCAUUAGGGGUAGGCUACCUUAAGGGGAAAGUGUUGUCGUUGAUUAGCCUGUGCAGUCCACACAGGCUACUCAGGGAUGACACUUUACUCACAUGCAAUUAACCCCUUUUGAGAGAUCCCGGCUCAUAAUCAUAUCAAUUGGCUUCUCGAAUAAAGCAAGAUCUUCAUUGUAAACUUUUCUUGAUGAUCUUAUCAUAUCUUCAAUCUUGUAAAUUGUGUUCAUUGUAGAAAAUGUUUUCAUGGUUGCAAAAUUUCUAAAAUCAACUGCAAGCAAUUAUUAAUCGGGAUCAUCAUAUUAAAUUGUACCAGAUGGCACUGUAUUGUAACAAAGUGCAACGUAUCAGUUGGUACUUCCACAUUGUGGUGAUCACAAAAAUGUCACAUUCUAGUACUGACCGUUGCAAUCCUAAGAAUAAAAUGAAUUCAAUAGUUAAA